UAAUAAUUUCAAAACAAAAUCGAAUAAAGAGCGAAAGCAAGAGAAAACUCCCGCAAGAGACAGAUCAAGAGAGAAGAGAGAAUCGGAAGAUGUCAUCGCAUGGGAACGAUCCACGUCAGCCAUCGGCGGCAAAGCCAUACGUAGCCCCGGUGAUUGCUCCACAAGACCUUCCGAUCGAUUACGCUGGUUUCAUCGCCGUCAUAUUCGGCGUCGCCGGCGUUAUGUUCAGGUACAAGCUUAGUUCGUGGUUGGCUCUUAUUUUCUGUGCGCAAUCAAUUGUCAAUAUGAGGAAUGUUGAAAAUGAUCUCAAACAAGUUAUGAUGGCUAUGAUGUUUUCUUUCAUGGGAUUGAUGACAAACUACUUUGGACCUCCUAGACCCGGUGCCAAGCAAAGCUGAAAUCUCUAGUUCUUGAGGUAAAACUGACCUUUUUGCGGAGUCUUUUCAGGAAUUGACCAACAAGCACAAAAGGAAUUUAGAGUAUUUUAGUGUUUGUGUUUCCUUUAUGUUUUAUCAAUUAUGCUUUUGAAGACCAGAUAUCUGUCAAUUUCAACAAUUUGAUGUUUUAAACUUUUUGAACAGUAAAGAUAUAUUAGUUAGGAAUCUGA